AUGGCCUCUGGUGCUCGCGACACAUUACCACUUAACAUCAUGCGCAGCCGCAAGGCGGAUGAGGUGAACAGAGACAUCAGCGCCACCGCCGAUCGUUUCCGUCAACGCUAUGAAGGCAAAGAAGCCUCUGUGCAUGGCCGUAAGGAAGAGACCACAACUAUGGUAAAUGAAUACUACGACCUCGUUACAGACUUUUAUGAGUAUGGCUGGGGACAGAACUUUCACUUUGCCCCUGCUUACAGUGGAGAAACCUUUUAUGAGUCUCUCGCCCGCCAUGAGUUCUUCCUUGCCUAUCAAGCACAGUUUAAACCUACAGACACGGUAUUGGAUCUUGGUUGUGGUGUGGGUGGCCCAGCACGUAAUAUUGUCCGCUUCGCCGGCUGUAAUGUGAUGGGUGUGAAUAACAAUGAAUAUCAAAUCUCACGUGGUCGUCGUCAUGACACCCGACUUGGAAUGAACAGUAAGAUUAACUACGUCAAGACAGAUUUCUGUGAUAUGUGCUUUGGUGAUAAUGAAUAUGAUGGUGCCUAUGCCAUUGAGGCCACCUGCCAUGCCACAGAUAAGGUGAAGUGUUACAGUGAAGUAUUCCGUGUGAUUAAGCCUGGCAGUUACUUUGUGCUUUAUGAGUGGUGUACCACCGAUAAGUAUGAUCACAGUAAUGAGGAACACCGCCGUAUUCGCCAUGGAAUUGAACUUGGUGACAGUCUUCCCGAUUUGGAAACCACACAUCAAGUGAUUAAAGCCCUUGAGGCCUCUGGUUUUAUUGUGGAGGACAGUUUUGAUAUGGUGGAGCGAUUUGAAACCGGGGCAUUAAAGAAUACCCCAUGGUAUGGUCCACUGCAGGGAAAUUACAUGACGAUGUCUGGACUGAAAGCCACACCGCUGGGACGUUGGGUGACAAAUAAAAUGUGCCGCGUGUUGGAGUUAUUUGGAGUGGCACCGAAGGGGACUUAUAAGGCGACGGAGAUUCUUGAAGAGGCGGCGGUGAAUCUCGUGCGGGGUGGGGAGUUGGGCAUCUUCACACCUUCCUUCUUUGUAAAGGCACGUAAGCCACUCCCAGGGGAGAAACCACAGAGGAAGAACUGA